AUGGCCGAGUUCCCAAUGAGAGAAUGGAGCAUCCGCCUAUACCUGCUAGACGAGGAUGGCAACGAGCAUCCUGGCGACGUCUUCACCAAGGUUGUCUACAACCUACACCCUACCUUUGAGAACCCAGUCCAAUCUUUCUCCAAGCCUCCGUUCGCCUGUACCAACGAGGGCUGGGGCGAGUUCGAAAUUGCUAUCGACUGCUACACCACUGAAAAAACCAAGCUCGCCCCCAUCAUUCAUGACCUCAACUUCCUCGAGUCCAAGUACGAGAAUACUCACACCGUCGUUUUCAAAAACCCUUCCCAAGCCCUGCAGGAGCGCUUGCGUGAGACCGGCCCACUGCCUACAGACGAGGACCGUCCCAAGAAGAAGAGCGGCCUCGCCGGUGGCAAGAAGAGUGGUCAGAAGUACGACUAUGAAAAGAUUGCCGAGGCGCUUGAGAAGCUCGAGGAGGAAGAUCUCCUACGCGUCAUUCAGCUCAUCAACGAGAACAAAGGGCCCAAUACUUACAUAAGAAGCGACGUUGAUGCGAAUGACCUGAAUGAAGCCGGCGAGUUCUCGAUAGACCUGUAUACGAUGCCCGAUCUUUUAACCACGAAGCUGUGGGACCAUCUCUCUAAGAAGGGCAUGGUGGCCUAA